UUUUGGUCGAGAGGAAUUUCACAGCAUUUCUCCCGAUGGCUCUCAACCAGUUUUUCCUUCUUUUUUUUUUUGUAACUUUGCAAUCUCCCUCACUCUUUCCCUCUGCCACAGCAGUAGCAAAGUUUGUAAAUUUAUCAUAAUCUUCCCCUAAAUCGCAGCGAAAAUGAAAAAUGCCAUAGGACUCAAUCUAUCCAUUUAGUGCAGGUACAUCGGCUGCUAUACUGUAUAUAAUAACUAGAAGGUUUGUUCUUUAGAGAAAAAGAGGCAUACUAAGUUUGAGUAUGAUGAUUAGUAAAAGAGUUCUCAAGAGGUUGGCUUGUUGCUAUUGUAGGCUGCGUUCUCAGCCUUCUUUUAUUCAUCAUUUUCGAAACUUCUCUCUUUGGUCAACGAAGAAAGACCCAGAUCUUGAAGCAGCCCUUUCAAGAAAUCGUCGUUGGAUAGUCAAUAAUCAGAUUAAAAACAUAAUACUUAGAUGCCCAAACCAGGUGGUACCUUUGGAGUAUCUUCAAAAGAAAUUUAAGACUCUUGAUCUUCAAGGCAAAGCUCUCAAUUGGCUCAAGAAGUAUCCCUGUUGCUUUGAAAUUUAUCUUGAGAAUGAUGAGUAUCAUUGUAGAUUAACGAAGCGGAUGAUACAUUUGGUCGAAGAGGAAGAAUUGGUGAAAGAUAUGCAGGAGCCAGUGUUUGUCCAGAAAUUGGCAAAGUUGUUAAUGAUGAGCGUGAAUCAAAGGCUUAAUGUUACGAAACUUAAUGAGCUUAAACACAGCUUUGGAUUUCCAGAUGACUACAUCAUUAGAAUUCUACCAAAGCACCCAGAAAUGUUUCGACUGGUUAAUAACGGUUGGAGGAAGAGUUCAAUGGAAAUUGAACUUCUGGCGUGGAACCCUGAUCUAGCAGUUUCUGCUGUUGAAGCCUCAGCUCAGAAACAGGGGAUAGAGCCUUGUUUUUCGUGUUCAUUGCCUUCAACUUGGAUUAAAUCAUGGCAGAGGUUUGAAGAAUUUAAUGCAAUUCCCUACAUUUCACCUUUCUUAAACCCUAGAGGUUUAGAGGAAGGAUCUAAGGAGAUGGAGAAGAGAAUUGUGGGCCUUGUGCAUGAAUUGCUGUCAUUGACAUUGUGGAAGAAGUUAUCAAUUGUAAAGCUAAGCCAUUUCAAGAGAGAGUUUGCUUUGCCUGAGAAAUUGAAUGUUUUGUUGCUCAAGCACCCCGGCAUAUUUUACGUGUCGAACAAGUAUCAGAUUUAUACUGUGCUCCUUAGAGAAGCUUACAAUGGGUCAGAAUUGGUUGAUAAAAAUCCACUAGUCAUUGUGAAGAAUAAAUUCGGUGAUUUGAUGCAGGAAGGGCUUCAUGAAUAUAACCAAAGGCGCCGCGUAGUGAAUUUGGAAAAGAAGAGGAAAUGCAUGAAUUUGAUGAAGCCAGAGAGAAGGAAAGUUGCGAGUUCUGAAACGUCCAACCAAGAUGAUAACGGUGAUACUUUAGGGGGUUUAGGACGUUUGUUUGACCCGGAAGAACGAAAACGAUUUUACAAGGUUCUUUUUGAUGAAAGAUGAAAAUUAAUCUGAGGUGAUUUUAACAUUGAAGUCUCUUGUAUCUUUGGAUAAAGGGGUGAACAAAAACUACAAGCUAGCAAUGACCAAAGCCUGGGGAGUGCUUCUGCAGUUAAUAUGUUAAUAUCCUCCUAGAGCUGUGAACUUGAAUACUUGAAAUUCUGAAUGUUGGGAUGGAUUCUUCUUAGCUACCCAAUCCUCUAUGAAAUAUCCCUUUGCAAUCAUUAAAAAUGCUGCCGGAUUAUCCAACUUUCUUGAAGUACCUGUGUUUUGGCAUUCAUUUUCGACAUAUUUUCGGGUUUGAAUAUCUUGAAUAGUUGAAAUUUUGAAUGUUGGGGAUGGAUGCUUCUUUGCUAACCAAUUAUUUACUUUGCAAUCAUUAACUGACUGUUGGUUUUGGAUGUAUUUUCUGAUUUGAAUACCUUGAAGUUGAAAUCUUUAUUUCAUUUUGUCUUCA